GAUGGGUCGAUGCAUGUUCCUCUGUUCGGUUGCCUUUUUCAUAGCUGGAGUAACUGUGACAGUUUUCGGCUAUACAGGAGUAGAGAAGAGCCACCAGACGACGCUAAAAAUUUUGGGACCGGCGUGUCUGACCAUGACGGUUGUUAUGUGGCUUCUUGGUUGUGCAUUAUCUAGAAUGUGGAACUUAGAAUGGAAAAGAAGACAGCAAGCAUUCGAACUACGAGAGCGCGUUCACCUGCACGCUUACGCCAUGGAUAUACUCAACAAUCCAUCUUUACAAGUUCAAAAUUUAGAUCCAGUAAUUAAACGUCAGCUGCUGCGUAAGCUACGUUCUCAGACUCCUGUUGAUUACUCUAAUUCCGACGUAGAAAGCGGCAGGUUUAAAAGAAAAGACUCAAUAACUGGUCAUUCCUGCAAGAGGAGAUAUAGCCAAUUGACCUUCGAUCGUCUUUCUCAACCAGACGAAAAGGAUAGAACACCUUUAACAAUUUAUGAAUGUCCGAAAGGAAAAGAGUUCGAAUUACCUGGAAUUCAAAUUAGUCGAUUUGAAACAUUUGAUAUAGAAGAUCGACGGAGUAGCGUAGCAUCUGGUUCUCGUCAUUACAUCGUAAUUCAUUCAGAUCUUGGAUCAGAUUUGUCAAGACUAUCAUGUCCAAGUGAUUAUUCCCUUGGAGGAUCUCGUCGUAGCUCACGAAGUAGAAGUUCUCGUGCUUCGUCUAACGUUAGUUUUAUAAGCUCACGAAUUUGGGAUUUUAGUCCAAGAGAGUCCGAGUGGGAUACGGACGUUAGCUUAGGUAGUAGUUAUUGUUCUCAAAUUAGCAUACAUAGAGCUGACUGGGGAGGAGCCAUCUGUGAGCAUAUCUGCGAUGAUCAUGUUGUUCCAUACCAACGAAAACUUUCUGUUUUAACCUUCAACGCGGGUUCUGGACCUCCAAGACGUCAUUCGUCGCCGGCGACUGCUCGACGUCAUUCAACACCAAUGUUUAAUGGUAGGAAAUCUGAAGAUGACCGAAAAAAUACGGACUCUUCAUCAAAAUAUCGAACAACUUCUGAGGAAGAUGCAGAGACGAGUAAUUGGAAUGAAGCUACAGACACUGACUGUACAGGUAGUGGACCUGCUAUUUGUCGUUUACCUGCUAGAAGGUCAACUUUAAAACGAAAUAAUACAGACGAUUCAGAGGUGGAGAGAAGAGUAGCAACCCUUUUGAGAGAAAUCGAGUUGAGUGCUAGUGAAAGUGUUGACGAGUCAAAAAUUUAUAGCGUGUCCAGCGAAUGUGAAUGUUCUGCUCCAAUUUCCCGUCCCCGUGUCGAAGUAAGGGAAUGCGAAACUCAAACGGCUGGGGCACAGGACGAAGCGUCCGGAACUUCACAGGAAAGUAGGGUUGGUGCGCUUUUACGAAAGACUCAUAUUCCAGCCUUUCUUUCCGGGCUUUCUCGGAGAUCUCAACGGCAGCCCAGAAGGGCAUAUAAUUAUCAGACUGUACCGGCCAACGAUCAAUUAGGCCGAACACCUCCACCAGCCUACGAGGAUAUUAUGAAAGACGGAUAA